UCUAUUCUCUUAGUCAUAGUCGAAGUGAGAGUAUCUUUCUUUAAUUACAUUUUAAGACUUUAUCCCAUUUUAUCCUACCUUCCUCAAUAUUUUAAUUAUGGCCGAAAUAGCUCGCUCCCUCAUGAAGUUUUAAAGAUAUUCAGUGUUUGUUUUUUUCAAGGUGUGUUUCAAAUGCAACAGGAGUGUGCUGUGAGCAAGAUCAUGAAAAAUUGUGCUGGAGAUAAAUCUUGAUGACCUGAAUGAAGAUUCUCCUUGAUUAUUGAUUGAACUUCUCGCUUAGUAAAUCUCCGAAAUUUGGGUUAAUUGCUGUAGAAGCUAAUAUUUGUUGUCUGUGAUUUUAGCCGUAAGAUUUUCAAAAUGGUUUUCAGAAAAGUGAACAAGAAACUACUUCCAAUGAAAGCUCAUUAUUUCCUAUUUAAUACAGGUACUGGUCCAGUUGUUCCUUUCCUCCCGCCACUAGCAAGGCAGUUGGGGUUUUCCACGGCUGUAAUUGGUUUCAUCUACACAAUCUUGCCGAUAUUUGGCAUGAUAGCCAAGCCAACGCUCGGUGCAAUAGCAGAUCGAUACCACUGUCAGCGCUCUUUGUUCCUUCUAUCAAUGCUUAUUGCAUGUAUUGGCUUCUUUUCAAUUAGUUUUGUUCCUCCGAUCGUCAUUCAUACUAAAGUUCACCUUCGCUGCGAUGGCGAGACCAUUUUUGACAUCCGUGUAGAUGGCCACGGAGGUGCCUGUGAAAAAGAAAAGUUCCUUGAAGAGCUAAAGCAGCGGAACUUCACUCUAUCGUGUGAUAUGAUUUGUGCUAGUAACAAUGGAUCAUCCUUUGCUGAUCAAAUUUGCAAGUGGGGCAACACUGACUACUGCCUCAAUGACGCACGCACUGUGAAUCAAGUCUCUUUUGUCGCUAAACCAGAAAGUUCAGCGAAAAAAUCAGACUUAUUAGGUAAAACGUCGCAAGUGGCCUCAAAACGGAAAGAUGCACUGUACAGAGUCUCCAAAGAGUUUAACAAUCCAGAAUUCUUUGAGUUCAAAGCAGAAGUUGAGACAUAUUUUGUUGAAUCCGUCGGUGAUAAAAUGUAUUUCCCAAUCAAGCGGGCCUUUUUUGCGUUGCCAGGCAAAUACUUCCAUCCAUAUUGCUCCGAAAAGCACACCGCAACUUGCCAGUUGAACUGUGAUGAUGAAUGGGUAGAAGACAUGGUAGCCAAAGUCACUGCAGACGAAAACGGCCUCAAUGACAAAGAAGUGUUGAAGUUCUAUGAAUUCUGGGUCUUUUUGUUCCUGCUUGUUAUUUCGUGGGUCUGUAUGGCAGCUGUCGUUAGCAUUGGUGAUGCAAUUUGUUUCGAGCUACUUGGAGAUCGACCAGAAGACUAUGGGCUGCAACGUGUUUGGGGUGCAAUUGGUUGGGGUCUCAUCUCUCUCAUUGCGGGACCUCUAGUGGAUUUGAGAAGCGGCAGUCAACAUACCAAAGAUUACUCACCCAUCUUCUAUCUGUGUGCUGUUUUACUUCUCAUUGAUAUGUUGGUUUCGUCAAGAAUUAAGUUGAGUCAAUCAAAACUCUCCUCAAACAUAUUAAAAGAUGUUGGGAAACUCCUCCGAGAUGUUCGUGUUGUCGUCUUCUUGUUCUGGUGUAUCUUCAUUGGAAUGUGUGCAGCAUUUGUGUGGCAGUUUCUUUUUAUCUUCCUAGAAGAAAUGACCAACGGCAUGGACUGUAAUGCUAAAGCGUGGAUGAAAACACUUGAAGGCUUGUCCAUGUUUAUUCAGUGUUUUGGCGGAGAACUUCCAGUCUUCUUUUGCUCAGGUUGGAUCCUCCGUAAACUAGGCCACGUGAACUCAAUGUCUCUUGUCUUGUUAGCCUUUGGAGUGAGGUUUCUACUAUAUUCACUGCUUUCUAACCCGUGGUAUUCUUUACCAAUUGAGCUACUGAAUGGGUUCACGUUUGGACUGUUAUUCCCAACAAUGGCCUCGUAUGCCAGCAUCAUCGCCCCGCCUGGAACUGAAGCAUCCGUUCAAGGAUUAGUUGGCGCUGUUUUCGAAGGAGUUGGUGUCUCUUGUGGAAGUUUAAUCGGUGGAUUGCUAGCUGGGUGGUAUGGCGGAGCUGCUUUAUACAGAGUUGCCGCAAUUGGAUGUUUUCUUGUCUGCGUUCUUCACGUCAUGAUUCAAAAACUUAUUGAUACCAGAUACAGGCGAGGAACAGCGAACAAAGAUGUAGCAACAAACGCAAUCUAUACCUCUCCAACAGAAGCUAUCCAUAUGCUGGAAAAUGAAGCAGGAGACACGAUUUCAUGAUUUUUAGCUGGAGCUCCUCACUCCUCUAGAGUUUCUGUUUUCUGUAUUCUGUUACACCCCAGAAGAUUUUCCUGACGCUUUUGAAUUUAUCUCUCAGUGAUGAUGCACUUCGAAGGUAGAGUUUUUUUCUCAUGUCUUGUUGAUUUGCAGCUUCUGUUUGCAUAUUUUUGUCAGUUUUAAGUGGCUAAAACCACAGAGAUUCGACGGCCGAGGGUCUUCCUUUCUCAUUUUUCACCACGAAAAAUUCAUAGAUUCGCAGUUUUUAUUCUCAUCCUGCAGGAGCUCUUUUGCAUUUAUAACCAUUCGAUUUCUCCGUCAUACAGAAAUGAAUUCUCCUUCACAAUACAACAGCGAUUGACUAACGACAACUUAACUAGCAACAUUCUAACAGAUGCAGUGCAAUGUUGUUCAUUGGCUUGUCUUUGACUGAAGAUCUUCUCAUUCCUGUCACCUGUGUUAGUGAUCAUUGACCAUUGCUGUAUUUUUCAUCACUCCGUUUGUUUGUAGCUAACAGAAGAAUGUAGAAAGUUUUUGGGCCAUUGCUUAAUUAUCACACACAUUUAUUUACUGAAUUCAACUACAUCUGUCGCCCUAAUGGUUUUGCUAGUUCAAGGACAGUUUAAGAACAAAGUCUUUAGCAAGGCAUUGAGCAAUUUUUUUUUGAGAAUCAUUUUUAAUACUAUCGAUACCAUUAUUUCUACAACUACAACACAUAACAAAUA